AUGUCGUUGUUGCAACAAUUUACUUUACCACUAGAAGGAAGACUAGUGGACUUUCGAGAACCUACACAUUGUGAUAUAUCUUUUUACCACCCACGAAGUGGCGGCGAAGUAGACUUCCGAUCAAUUGAGGGAGUUGCUUUGAUGCACGACCAGCACGCGGACGAACGACCUGCCUUUGAGCAGUCAGCGACGACAAUAAUGGUAAAGAUGAUGGCUACCUCCAUUGGCGACGCUGCGCGAUCGGAGACGGUGCUUGGGACUCAGCUCCGAAGUUUUGGCGCGGCUGCACAGCACGCUCGUUGAAGAGCGCCGACCGACCACGCCGACUUGACACAGCAAGAACUACAGGAGUACUAUACAUAAGUGCAUUGAGAUACUAAAAGAAGAAGCGAGUCAAGUGGCGAGGUAAUAUUUAGAUACUCCAAGUAGAAGAAGCAAGUCAGGUCGUAGUCGUGGCGAGGAGUGCUAGAUACUCCAAGAAGAAGAGGACCGUCGAGUCGUGGCGAGGGGUACUAGAGGCCAAACAAGGUUGUAGUAGAGCGGAAGAGAUCAAAAAGCGCAGGAGCGUCUUGGCUGCAAUCGCGAACUGCGACUCAUUUGCGACCAAGGGAACAGGAAGAAGCUCCAAAUAAAACGGGAGCCAUGCACCCCGAAGAAGGUAAACGCAAUUGGCCGCAAGAAGAGGAUAAAUAGAGGAGCUAUAGAGAGCGCGUAUAAUAGUCAAAAUGUCAACAUUAACGCAACUAGUGUUGAAAAAAAUAGCCGGGCGAAAAAGUCUUAUAUUCUCAUAAGAUAACUUUUUAGAUUUAAUUGAAAGUAAUACUGAAAGGGGGUAUGCUCUAAAAAAAGAGCUCCACACUUAUCUGGGCUUGAAGAAUGGAGUAAACCCAAAUACAUCUCCAACAUCCUGUCGCCUCUCCCAUCUCAAGAUGUGCGCAUACUUUCUCACAUGGCACGGAUAUUCGAAAACAGAAAGCACCAGGACCUCUUUAUUUGGCAAUUUAUAUUCGCAAGUUUGGUGGAGAUUUAGUGGAUCAAAAACCUCU